AUGACUUCGUACGAAAGGCCGCUGGAUCAGAUCCGGAAGGAGACCAAGGCCGCUCACCGGGCGCCGCACCUCCGCAAGAACAACCUGACGCCGGUUGAUCAGAUCGAUUCGCUCGACAACAUCCUGGGCGCCACGUACCACCAUGACGGCCCCUACGACGCCACGCUGGCUUCCCGCAACAGGAACAGGAAGUACGCCCCCGUCGAUGCCGUCCAGGAGACCAACAAGAUGGCACUCGACGCAACGCCCAUCGAGAACCUGCAAGACUCGUUGCGCAAGCAUGUGCCGCUCGCGGGCACCGCAAACAUUCCGCCCGGCCAGGAGGAUCUCGCUGGCCGCACCAUGCGCUACGAGGAAGGCGCCGAUCUUAUGAGGGAAGAGGACGCCGAGGGAGGCCCGUACCGGAGGUGGAAGGACUAUGACUACGAAUACCAGCCGGGCGACCUGAAGGGCAAGGGAGAGCCGUCCUACUCCAUAGAGCGCCAGAUCAAGGAGCGCGGCGCAUCCGCGUCUGGCGAAAACGGCACAGCGGUGUACGAGAUGCAGCCCGGCGGCAGUUCUCGCAAGGACGGAGGCACCGUCGUGCGCCAGCGCAGUUACAGCUCCUCGGCAGGACCUUCGAGUCCCCCGGGUGCCGCGCAUGACUCCAAUGUUCGCCGAAGCAAUACCGUCGGCAAGCGGUCUGGCCUCGAGGGCCUGAAGCGACGCAUUGGGAGCUUGAGGCGAAAGUCGCCGGAUCAGGCCUAA